AUGUCGGGCGGGCCCCCCAAGGCCCUGCCGUCCACGGGGCCCCACUCCCUGCGCGACAUGCCGCACCCGCUGGCCGGCUCCAGCAGCGAGGAGGCCGUGGGCGGCGACAGCACGCCCAGCCCGGACCUGCUGAUGACCCGCAGCUUUGGCGACAAGAGUACCCGUGUGGAGUUCGACUUGCCAGAAUAUUCUGUUCGCCGAAGAUAUCAGGAUUUUGACUGGUUGAGAAACAAACUAGAAGAAUCCCAGCCCACUCACCUCAUCCCGCCUCUUCCUGAGAAGUUUGUGGUGAAAGGUGUUGUGGAUCGUUUCUCGGAGGAGUUCGUGGAGACCAGAAGAAAAGCUCUGGAUAAAUUCCUGAAAAGAAUUGCAGACCACCCUGUGCUCUCUUUCAAUGAGCACUUUAGUGUUUUCCUUACUGCUAAGGACCUGAAUGCCUAUAAGAAGCAAGGGAUGGCACUGCUGACCAGAGUGGGUGAGUCAGUCAAGCACGUCACUGGAGGCUACAAGCUCAGGAGUCGGCCUCUGGAGUUUGCAGCCAUUGGUGAAUACUUAGACACAUUUGCACUCAAACUGGGAACCAUUGACCGAAUAGCCCAGCGGAUCAUCAAAGAAGAAAUCGAGUACCUUGUGGAGCUGAGAGAAUACGGGCCCGUGUACUCCACGUGGAGCGUGCUGGAGGGGGAGCUGGCGGAGCCCCUGGAGGGGGUGUCGGCUUGCGUCGGCAGCUGCUCUGCCGCUCUGGAGGAGCUCACAGAUGACAUGACGGAGGACUUUCUACCUGUGCUCAGGGAAUAUACCUUAUAUUCUGACUGCAUGAAGAGCGUGUUGAAGAAGCGGGACCAAGUGCAAGCUGAGUAUGAAGCCAAACUGGAAGCGGUGGUUCUGAGAAAGGAAGACCGGCCCAAGGUGCCUGCAGAUGUCGAGAAAUGUCAGGACCGGAUGGAGUGUUUCAACGCUGACCUGAAGGCUGACAUGGAGCGGUGGCAGAACAACAAGAGGCAGGACUUCCGGCAGCUGCUCAUGGGGAUGGCAGACAAGAACAUCCAGUAUUAUGAGAAGUGCCUCAUGGCGUGGGAGUCUGUUAUUCCACUGCUGCAGGAGAAGCAAGAGGCCAAGUAAGUUCCUUCUUGGGACAGAGACUCUUCUACUUACUACAUGGGGUACAGCACCCCACACCGGAAUGUCCCUGCUGUGCCACGGGUGGCACACUGGGAAGACAACCACAGAAACAUCUCUCCUUUGCGUAUUUUUUUCUCCCCCUCCCCUUCCUUUGUCCGACAGUUAUUUUCAACUAGUAUUUAUUCCUGGGUGGGUCUGUAAGGCUAUAAUCAUCUCUCAGCAAAAGAAGCAUACCUCCAUGUUGUGAAGGAGCCUGAUGGAACACUAUGACGAUUCAAGACCCGGGGACCAAACCACCCUCAGGGACAUUCUGCCCUCUCAUGCCAGUCUGCUCUUCGGGACGUUGAGCUGCCUGUUGUGGGAGAGAGCCCGGACCCGCCUACACAGCAGCUCUUGCUUUCUUUGGCUCCCUGGUGGCUCUGGAAUUGCCCUCAACGGGCACUGACUUGUCUCAGCCUAGAAGGAGGUUGGCACCUCUGUGCAACGUCCUUAAUGUUCAGUGGCCUGUAACCAGUGAGCGUGGCCUGCCGCCUGCUUGCGACAAGGACACCUGUUUAUGGUUUCUGGUUCAGACCAUGCCGUUUUAAUCCCUGCCAAGGCAGCGCGAGCAGGCCAGCCUUUUUGUCCUUAUGCCUUGGGGAGCUGUGGGAGGGUUACUCCCUGGCCCCCCAAACAUGUUUCUGACACUAGAAUGCAGUAGAUUGCAAACUGUCUUUGUGUAAAAUGAAAAAAAAAAAAAGGUGCAUUUUUUUCUCUGUGAAGUUCUUCAAUGUUUUUCUUUGGCUUGUCAGAUGUCAUCAGACUAGGCUCGUCAAGGAGUGUCUGUGGUCUGGGUCAGCAGCACCCCGGUUGUUGAGACCGGUGGGCAUGUACCAAACCUAUCUCUGUCGUCUGCUUUGUGCAAUUUGCCUUUACCUCACCAAAAAUUCUAGCUUAAUGUUUCCUGUGACGUCCACUGAGUGUAUGGGCAGCUUGUUGGUGAGAGGCUAGUAUGUUGUUACGACACCGUCAAGAUUGGUAAAGUCAGUGUGAAUGUUCCACAUAAAGUGCUUUAAGUAUUUCCUGGUCCGGAGGAAAGGUCAGCACCUGCACGGGCCUGCCGGGUGUCAGAGGCAGCCGCUCUUGGCUGCUGGCUAAGCUGGAAGCGUCGAUCUGCGGCCUAACUCCUGAGGGCUGCUGGCUGCAGCUAACGUCUGCAUGUCAAACUAUGACCAGGUUUACUUUUCAAAUCAACACAGACCAGGUAGGCCAAAAGGAUCUGUCUUCUGGCUCAUUUCUUCCCUCCCGAAGUAAAGCUACAUGUAACUAAUGGCCCUUCAUCAGUUGCCAUGCCCAUAGAAUCGUGUGGGGUGGGUUAAUGGAACGGCCGUGCUGAGGUAUCUGUCAGCAGGCCGCAUGUGGAGGCCCUUGAUACCCCUUCUGACCAUAGACUUAACCUUGCAUUAGCUACAGCUGGGAGGUUGAUAAGUGGAUGGUACAGAACAGUUUGGCUCUAUUUUACCAUCUCUGAAAAAGUUGCAGUUUAAAACAUAACCUUGAUAACAAUCGGUACUGUUAGACCCCAUCUGCAGCAUCCAAAUCCAUUGAUGUGCAUUUUCAGUGUGGUACAAUUAGAAAUGUUUCACUAGGCAGAAGGGUAGGGACAGUCCCUCUGCCCCGAGGGACGAGUCAGUGUUUCAUUCUACCUCUACAUCGUGUUGGUGUGGGUCUAGAUAUGUGGUCCAGCCUGACAGAAUCGGGGUGUGUCUAAUACUGGGUUGAUGGCUUUCUCGAUACCUGGCAGAAGACCGGACUAAUCCAGCAGCAAAUACUCACCUUUCGUCAGGUGUGAAGCUUUGCCUUGUGGAAAUGUGUUUUUAAAACGUCAGCAUAAAGAAUGCUGGGACCAGCGCCGGGGAGGGUACAGCAAAACCAGCAUCUGUUGCUCAUUGCAGCAAAGUCCAGGGGAAAUCCAGGGACUUUUCCAUGGAAGCAUUAGCUGGGAAAGAAGGCAGCCUUUCAAAAAAAGUAAAAAAAAACAAAAAACCAUCAAGUUCCAUAUGGAGAGGACACUGGGAGGCAGUCAUUCACCCUCAUUGUUGAAAGGAUCUCUUGGGAAUUUCUCUCUUUGCUUGGUCCUAUGUGCCCUUCCUGUGCUUUAAGACACCAGAGAGAGAGAUCACACUGAGCAAGGCAACUGGUCCCCAGCAUUGGUAGCGGAGCUGGGAAGCAAGUGAAUGGUACAGAUUUCCUUGGAAAAAAUGAUCUUUCUAGAGAAGAGACUCUUGUCCCUUUCUUGACUGGUGUCUGAGGAGGGGAGGAGGCUGACCCAGAGGAAGGGACCUGUAAUCCUCAAGGAGGCGCUUCAACCCCUCCCACCGCAAGGUGCCCUCCAUCCCCUUGGGGGCUGGCAGCCCCAAGCCUUCACCUCUUCAUGGAUCAGCAUAAAGGUGGUUCCCUAUGAGAAGGUUAACUCAGAGACUUCUGUGCCAAAGAGGCCUCCCAGAGGCUUCCUCACCCUGUCCUUCUUGGCUCCGCAGAGUGGAGCUGCUGAGAUCACCGGCUUCUCCCUAGUUUUUUAUUUUCCAGAUGUUGGCCUGGGGACACACCUGGCCUGGGCAGACAGACAUAGACAGGUUUUGAGACUCAAGACUUAGCAGUCUUCGUGAAUGUCAUCCCUUCAACUGUCCCCGGGGACCUGGGGAGUGAAAGGCUUCAUUCGGCCAGUUUUUAAAAAGCCAGGCGAGGGCUGAGGAGAGUUCUUAGAAACACAAAGAUGCGAACGGCCCUGAAGAACGCUUGUGCGGAUCUGAGCAGGUGAGCUCAUGCCGCUCCUGGUCACACACUCCUGCCUCCCUUGGAAGGAGGAGCUGUUCAGUGAAGGGAGCAGGGAAUCUGCUCCACAGCCUGGCUUGGGUUGGGUUUUAUCCUUUAAUAUGGCUUCAGAGUGAUUCCUGGUGAACUCAGGUCAAAGCGAUUAUGGAGGCCGUUGGCUCGUAUUUCCUGGUGCUGCUGGUUGGCCUCACCAGGCACCUUUCUUGAACUGAAAAACAAAAACCAGCAUGACUCCAGGGAUCCUGGUGAAUGAAACAGAAGCUUGUCUUGCCAAAUCUCAGCCACACCCGGAGGGCGCUGCCAUGUUGAUAGGAAUAUGUUUUUCAGUUGCCAUCUACAUGAAGAAAUUGAGUGCACACUUACUCCUUGUUUCUGGUGAGGCUGCCUCUAGUGAUGGGACCACAGAAAGUCCUGCUUUAGGGAGGGCUUGAUGGCUGAGCCACCGUCUGCAAGGGGGCUUCUCUCUCGGAUGACAUCAGCUUCAGAACGCCCAGAGUUCAAUUGUGUUGGCCCUGCAUUGCAGCUUUGACGCCGUGGGCUCUCUGGCUUGGCACCAUUCAUCAGACUGCAGAAUAAUCAUCCCUUGUGCUUUAUUCCAAGCUGCUGAGGCAGACACCAGCCAGGCCCAAGGCCUGUGUAGCCACAUCUGUUUGGGUCUUGCGGUAGAGAGGCCUGGCCCUGUUCUGUCUCCCCUAAACAGUGCUUCUGCUCAGAAGGUGGGCCGCUUGUGGUCAGGGCAGGACACCCGAGUUCUGGACCCCACCUUAGACACAUACUUUCAAGGUGUGUGGAAACUGGGUAACCUAAUGAGAAGACUGGGGUAACACGUUGGAGCCACCCUCAUUUACAAAACGAUGCUGGGAAUUUGGGUUGGCCGCCUACUUUCAAAUGUCCACAGAGAGAUCCCAGUGGAGACACGCCCGCGAACUUCUUAGGCACGCUCUUUUCAGAGGGCAGGUGGCGCUUAGCAGUACAUUUGAAGAAAAUUCAUCCCUUGAGCCAGGUUUACAGAUGGCGCUGGGUGUGUUGGAACUCUAUUCCUUGUGGUUUUUGAUGUUCAGUGAAAAGCCCAGGAACCUGAUUUUCCAUCAGCCCUCCCUGGAGCUGGUUUGUUUUUUUCGUCUGAAGGACCCCUGCUCUUUUCCGAGGCACACAGACUGCAACACCCACAGAACCCUCUAGGCUAGCAGGAGAGGGCUUAGUUGCAAAGGAUUUGGCUGAUCACCCUUAACCACUCAUGUUUGAAAUGCAUUCCAGGUACGGCUAUCUAAUCCAUUUGUGUGGCAGAGAUUUUGUUAUCCAGGUAAUGAUUACUGCUAUAGAUAGCCUGUAAAUAAAUACUUUGAAAGAAAUGACUUUAACAAAUCCACAAGAGACUUGGUUUGUUUAGCAUCCUGUGUAUUUUAACACUUGAAAUCCAACAAAUUCAGACUUUAAAAUGUCACAGACUGUUAAAAGCCUAACUCGACCCUGAGAUUUGUUCAACACCUAUCAAAAUACGCCUUACUCUUCAACGAGUGUUUUUUCGAUUCUGGACAGAAAGUUUUCAGAAAGGAGUUCAGUCGUUCAGCUUACAUGGUAAGAUUUGACACAGGCAGUUCUCAGUCCUCUUCAGGAAAGACACAAGAACGUGAGGAUCAGAAUUAGGGAUGCCUUUUGGGAGGAGAAAGCUGAGGACUGCUAUUGCCAAAUGCUAUUUUUGAUAAUGUGAGGCAAACACAGGGACCCCGAAGUGUGUUUGGUUUGUCUGCCUUGAAGUGUGAAAGAUGAACCCAGUAACUUCUGGCACAGGGCAACUGUAGAGGGCAUGCAGAAUCAGCGUCGGCAGCUCACACAGACACAAAGAAUUCUGUAGGUUAGGCCCUGAGUAAAAGGUGUUCCCCGAUCCCACAGAACAGCUUUAUAAAAGAUGCUGUGGGGACUCAGAGCAGCUUGUUUCAAACAGAAAUUCUCCACAGGUCAAAGUAAAUGCCAAAAACAAAACAUACUGUAUUGACUGAACAGAAUUGUGUCCAUUUUAACAGAGCCUUUAAGAUGAGACCAGUGAUUGUGUGUUGCACACAUUCUUCCCACAUCUACCCAGUCCCUACCAGGCGAUACCGGGCUCCCUGUAGGCUGGUCAGAGCUGGUGACACCUGUUCACACCUGUUAUGCCCCUGUUUGGCAGGCUGGUUUAGUUUCAGGCCAACCCUGUAGUCACAAAUGAUCCUGGGAGGAUCAUUUCCACUCUCCAGCGUGGAAAUGGGGAGAGGAAGGUAGAUUUCAAACAAAAAUGUGAAAUGUUAUGAUGAAGUGACAGCUGUGGAGCCAGGCCUUCAUCAGAUAACUAACCAGCAGCUCGCACGUGGCAUGCUCACCUGGCCCUGAGUCCCGGCCUGUCCAGUAGACGCCCUUCCCCUGGUCCCGUGUGCCUGGUCCCCUGAUGUCCUGGAGCUGGGAAUGCCUUGAGAGAUUAUGUGCAUCUGAUAUAUUCCCAUGAAGUCAACUGCCAGCAAACUUUCUAACUUGUAUUUUAACAGUUGAAGAAGAGAUUUAAAAACUUUUGCUUAAGUCAUGUCCAAAGGAUGGACUGUGCUUCUUAUUUUUAGAAAUCAUUCUUUACAUUUAAAAUUUAAAACCCUCUGAGGUAUGGAUCAAGUCCUCCGUGUUCUCUAUGUUGCCAUUAAGCCAAAUCAAAAGCUGUGAAAAAAAAAAAGUGUUCCCCAAUGCGUGACCUGAGACGUGAUUUACUUCCAAUGGAGUCUUUGUUUUGUGAUGCUACAAACUUCAAAAAGAAUGUUACCUUCUUUCCCCUUGUUAUGGAGCCCAGAGAUUGUAAAGAGACAAAAAAAAAAGUUUCUGUUGCAUUUUGACGCUGGCACAAGGUUUUUGUCCACUUUUUUUCAUAUAUCUGUGUAUAAAAACUUCUGUUCAUUGUUUACUAUGGGAUUAGUAUUACAUUUUGAGGUAAAUAAAAGAAUUUGUAUUGCUUGAUAAACUAUUAGCUUGUAAAUUUGUAACGGUUUCUUUACCUCAAUUAACUUAAAGGAAUGGUCCAAUAAACCUAUAAAAGAUGCUUUCUU